AGCACGAAGUUGCAGGAUCAUGGCCACUAACUACAGUGCCAACCAGUACGAAAAAGCGUUCUCACCCAAGUAUCUGCAGAACUGGUGUCUCGCCAAGCCAACGAAAGAGGGCACUCCUUCCCACGAAGGCUACACUCAGAUUAUCGCCAACGACCGUGGCCACCUGCUGCCUGCAGUGCCCCGGUCCCAGGCAAGUCCUUGGGGUUCCUUCAUGGGCACCUGGCAGAUGCCUCUGAAGAUACCCCCUGCUCGGGUGACCCUGACGUCCCGGACAGCUGCGGGUGCUGCCUCCCUCACCAAGUGGGUCCAGAAAAACCCCGACUUACUCAAGGCCUCCAAUGGGCUCCGUCCAGAAAUCUUGGGCAAGCCCCAGGAGCCAGCCAGUCAGAAGAAACCCCGGAACUCUGUCCAGCAAGCACCAAGUCCAACCAUCAUCCCCAGCUCCCCAGCCACAAACCUCAGUUCCCCAGACCAACCCCCAAGUGCACACCCCUCCGCAGGGCACACCCCGGGUCCCCCCAGCCCCGCCAGCGCUCCCAAGUGCCCACCUGGAAGCCCAUGCACGUAGGACCUGGGCGGGUCACACUCUGGCCGGGCCAGGAACCCAGCCUGGGACUCCGCGGGCCCACUGUCCAGAGAUGAGUGCAGUCAGAGCCCAGACAGGGAAAUAAUAGGAAUAAAGGCAAAUUGGGAAAAUAAACAUCACUGUUUACUCUU